AUGGCUGCCACCCGGAAGACACCUAAGCAAGCAGCUGGCAGCUAUAUAUUCCCUUCCAUCCACGACUUCCCUCCCUUCUACACAAUACAACCGACAAUAUCCACCCGCACAAAGCAACUACAGUUAUGGUGUGAAAUACUGCUGCAGUACUGUGCAGCGACUCGCACGUCUGAGUUGCUCGUUGCGCCGGCCGCGAUGAACCAAGAUCCAAUGACGCAGGCCGUGUUUGCCAACGAGAGGAUAAGACGAAGGUUGAACAGGGAAGCGAUACAACAGAUCGUUGAUGAGCUAGUGCAGCAAGGUCAAGCCGAAUGGGACUCACCUGCCAAGGACCAAUGUCUCAUCUACUGGCGGAAGCCGGAGGAUUGGGGAGCGCAAGUCUACAAAUGGGCUUUCGACUCUGGAUCGACGGGAUCCAUUUGUACCGUUUACGAGCUUCUGCAUGGCGAAUACACUGAGGGACAAGAAUUCCAUGGACUGAACGAGAAGACCAUGGUGAAGGCAUUGGAAGCGCUCGCAAAGUUGGGAAAGGCGCAGCUGUUUGUUGGCAGUACAGACUUGGAGAUGGGCGUGAAGUUUUCAUGA